UGCUGCGCUCGUGUUUAGUUGCCCCUCUCAUAGUCAAAGGAAGGAUUGAUUCCUUUGGGAAGAGACACAAAUCACUUCAAUUUGAUCGAGAGGGCUCAGGAUACAGCCUCAUCUUGAAUUAUCCACUUUUUAGGUUUUUUUUUCUCCUGAUAAAGAAAGCCGGAAAAAAGAAGACAAGAGGCGAAAAGUUCUUAGGUCAUGAUGACAUUUGAUAUGAGAUCUGCUUGAUCGCACCAGCUGCUCACAGGAAACAUUAUCGGCACAGAAAACACGGCUUUCUUUUUGUUUCCACUUUGCGUCUUAGUGACACCGUGAUCUGUCCUGGUUUCUAAACUCCUUCCCAUCGGAGCGCUGAGCUGCCUCUCUCUCUCUCUCUCUCUCUCUCUCUCUUACGCACGGGAGGUGGGCACCUGAGAACACUACCAACGGGAAGAGAGUGUGAGAGAUCCCGGUUUCAUGUUUGGGAUUCAGGAGAGCAUCCAAAGGAGUGGGAGUAUUUUGAAAGAGGAGCCCAUCGGAGCCGGCAUGAACGCAGUCCGAACAUGGAUGCAAGGCGCCGGGGUGCUGGAUGCGAACACGGCCGCGCAGAGUGGAGUGGGACUGGCCCGGGCGCACUUCGAGAAACAGCCGCCCUCAAAUCUCCGCAAAUCCAACUUCUUCCACUUCGUUUUAGCCCUUUAUGACCGACAAGGACAGCCGGUGGAAAUUGAGAGAACCUCUUUUGUCGGAUUUGUGGAAAAAGAGAAGGAGACUACAGGAGAAAAGACAAACAAUGGCAUUCAUUACAGACUGCAACUUCUCUACAGCAACGGCAUCAGAACAGAGCAGGAUUUUUAUGUAAGACUAAUUGACUCCAUGACUAAACAGGCCAUCAUAUAUGAAGGUCAAGACAAGAACCCAGAGAUGUGCCGUGUGCUCCUGACUCAUGAAAUCAUGUGCAGUCGUUGUUGUGACAAAAAGAGUUGUGGGAACCGCAACGAGACACCCUCCGAUCCCGUCAUCAUCGACAGAUUUUUUCUCAAAUUUUUCCUGAAAUGCAAUCAGAACUGCCUGAAGAAUGCAGGAAAUCCACGGGACAUGCGGCGCUUUCAGGUGGUUGUGUCGACGACAGUGAGCGUAGAAGGACACGUUCUGGCUGUUUCGGACAAUAUGUUUGUGCACAACAACUCCAAACAUGGCAGAAGAGCUCGUCGGCUGGACCCGUCGGAGGGAACGGCGUCAUACCUGGAGCACGCUGCACCUUGUAUCAAAGCCAUUAGUCCCAGUGAAGGCUGGACAACAGGAGGUGCUACUGUCAUCAUCAUUGGAGACAACUUCUUUGACGGACUGCAGGUCAUCUUCGGCACCAUGUUGGUCUGGAGUGAGCUCAUCACACCUCAUGCCAUCAGAGUUCAGACCCCUCCUCGUCACAUCCCCGGAGUGGUAGAGGUCACGCUUUCCUAUAAGUCCAAACAGUUUUGCAAAGGCACACCAGGAAGAUUCAUCUACACAGCUCUGAAUGAACCCACCAUAGACUAUGGGUUUCAGCGGUUACAGAAGGUGAUACCUCGGCAUCCAGGAGACCCUGAACGCUUGCCAAAGGAAGUGAUUUUAAAGAGAGCAGCAGAUCUGGUGGAAGCCCUUUAUGGAAUGCCUCAUAAUAACCAGGAAAUCAUUCUUAAGCGAGCAGCGGACAUUGCUGAAGCCCUUUACAAUGUGCCACGAAACCACAACCAGCUGACCGGCCUCACCAACAGCUCUGUCCAUGCGAGCAUGAUGGGGGUGAACUCCUUCACUGGACAGCUCGCCAUUAACGUCUCAGAAUCCUCUCAGGGUGGAAACCAGGGUUUCAGUCGUAAUACGAGUAGCGUAUCACCACACGGUUACGUGCCCAGUUCCACCCCUCAGCAGAGCAGUUACAGUUCAGUAUCCACCAGCAUGAAUGGCUACGGCAACAGCAGCAUGACCAACCUGACCGGCUCCCCGAGCUUCCUGAACGGCUCUGCUGCCAACUCACCCUACGCAAUCGUCCCCUCCAGUCCCACCAUGGCCUCCUCCACCAGCCUGCCCUCAAACUGCAGCAGCUCCUCUGGAAUCUUUUCCUUCUCUCCGGCAAACAUGGUUUCAGCUGUGAAACAGAAGAGUGCGUUCGCUCCAGUCGUUCGGCCCCAAUCCUCACCUCCACCGACAUGCACCAGCACCAAUGGGAAUGGUCUCCAAGAUCAGUCUUUUGUCGACUCUAACAAGUACUCCACAGCCAGCGCGCUCCAGGGCCUGGCCUUCUCCUGAAUUAUCCCUGGAAUGAUCAUUCCUCCAAUGUAGAGUGCAUCUGUGAGUGUGUGUGUGUGUGUGUGUGUGUGUGUGUGUGUGUGUGUGUGUGUGUGCAUUUAUGUGCAGAACAGAAGAUGAAACAUGCUUUCAUGUCACUGGUCUCACUGAACAUGUGCAGGAAACUCCGGCGCUGGACUGACCUCACGGUCCUGUUCUGAAGGAUGAAAAACUACAAACUCAGGCCCUUUUUAAACACAAUCUGCUUUGAAACAAAAAGAUACAGACGAAGAAAAACAUAUUGAACUCGACUGUUGUACCUCCAUGUUUUGAUGUUGAAAUUUGUACUCACCUUCUAGACACUUUUUAAGAUAAGUGGCGACCCGUCCCAUCUACAUUAUAACAUGAGGUCUAUUUAUUUAAAAAUGUAGUAAAUGAAUUGCCAUCAUAUUUAUGUGUUUCUGUGUGUACCACCCUUUUAUGAAAUGAUACCUGACACAAUAUUGCAGUGGUUUCUAUUUAUAAUUUUAGAUGAAGGAUUGCAGGUGAUUUUUGCGCAGUAAUGUCCCACUGAAUUUUUUAAUUACAUCUGAAUUUGAACAACUGAAGUCAAUCAUUCUACAAAAUGCCAGCCAUUUAAAUUCAUAUUAAAACGGUACCAGGCGAAAAUAUAAUUUAUGCCUUUUUUUUUUUCUUUUUUUUUACCAUAUUUAAAUACCAAUUCAGAAUAGAGAAACUUAGCUCCUUUGCUUUUUCACCAUCUUGAUUUUCACACUCAUAUUCCAUUUGCUGAGAUUACGCUGCCUUCAAGUCCUUCUGGAAAGUUAUGAUUCAAAAAAAAAAAAAAAAAAAGAGAAGAAGAAGAAGAUGUUUGGCAUUUUUUUAUUUCUCCCUCUCUCCUUAAAUUUAAUGGCAAGUUUUUCGCACCACUGCAACAAAAUUAAAGGAAUAGUUUUCCCAGAAAAGAAAAUUCUGUCAUAAUUUACUCACCCUCAAGUUAUUCUAAACCUGUUUGGUAACCCACAUUCUUCCAAAUAUCUUAUUUUGUGUGAAAUUAAAUUCAUACAGGUUAAGAAUAACUUUGAGGGUAAGAAAACAAUGGCAGAAUUUUAAUUUUUGGGCGAAUUUUCUCUUUAAAAGUAAAGGAUGCAUGUAAGGUUUGUACUGUACCUGAUGCUUUGUGCCUUCAAAGAAUGAUAGUUUAAGUAUCAUUUUAUAUUUUUUAGAUGGAGUUUUAGAUGUAUUGUUAUUAUUGAUUCAUAGCACACAAAAUGUUAUUAAGAUCAGUUUCCACAAUGAUUUUAAUUGCCACACCACUAACUCAGAACAUUGAAAGAAACUGAAGAUGAAGAUAUUGCAGUGGUAAAUCUGAUAAUCCUCCCAUGACUUGAAGGCAACAUUUGGCAUUUCAUUUUCAUCUCUACCAGUUUGUCAUUAUGUAAUGCCAAAAUGUAUAGACCAGACACUUACCCAUAGUAACACAAAAGAGUCAAAGUGCUCAGUAUAUACAGAGACAGGGCAGUCUAAAAGCCCUGGACUUUAUAUAUAUACUUUACUUUACUUUGCAGUGGACUUCCUCCAAUUGAUAACGUCAUACUAAACUGAAUGAAAGGUCUAGAUGAUUAAUAUUUGUCGGAGCCGUUUUGCUUUUAUUGCAUUUCAGUGGAUCACAACUGGUUUUGCCUUGAAACCCAGAGUUUGCACAGCACAGCACUGAAAUGAUCAUGCAAAAAGAAUCAAAAUAUCUUUAGAAUAAACAAAUCUAUUAGAACUAUGCACAUUAUAUGAACCAUAGCAUUUUAUUAUUUUCAUUUAACAUUGAUUUUCCCCCUACUGUCCAUGACCCUGUCAGAUCAGACCUGUUGCCCAUUUUCAGAGCGUGUCCCACCAGUUGAGAACUACCGAUGUAGAACAGUCUGACUGUAUGUUCAGGAGAUGAAGGCUUUGGAUGUUACAGCAUAGUCAGCACUGUGAAUGUUCUGUUCCCUUCUCAUAAAUGAUCCGAGAUCUAGAUGUAGUCAUCACUUUGGAUUCUGGCAUGUAUGAUUUGUACAGACUGAUAAAUAUGUUUGAUUUUAUAAUACUCUUUUAUUUUGCCAAAGUCAUUGUUUUAAAUAUAUUUAUACAUCAGAAUGGAGUCAUGAGGCAGCUUUAUACAACCUAGUGUCACUGAUAUAAUGUUUACGACAUGCUUAGCAGAUCUCAUUGACUUUGACUCUGAGGUUUUGAUGAUCAUGAAGGGGUAUCUGCAGGAUAACCAUAUGAAUAUUGUAUGUAUGUAUCGCUUGAAAUCUGACAUGCUUCAAACUGUCCUCAUGUUUGUGUUUUCGCUUGUCAUUUGCUGAUGAUCUGUUUUUAUUUUGUCAUCUGCCGAGUUGUGUCCAUAAAUGUGAUUUUGGAAUUUUAUUUGUAUAGUAAUUUUGGUGUCAAA